GAAAAAAAAGCUGGAAACAAUCAGAAAUGCUUUUGAUUUGUUGACCAUUCUGGAACAGGUCAUGCCUGAUAAUAUUAUUGACAAACUGAAGAGUUGUCUGACUCAGAUUGGACGGAAUGAUCUCCUGCAAGACCUUCCUGACUACAAGGCUUCUGCAGGUGCCUCUAGAAGAUCUGUACAGGAGGUUCGUCAGGACUCUGGACAUGCCGCCGCUGCGCCCAAACCUGAUGGAGCAGCACCUGGUUCUGAUGCAAAGAAAGCCACAACUAAAGUUCUAUUUCCAGGUUCUCUUGGCAAAGCCAACCCAAGGUAUAGAUGUCGAAACAGUUAGUGAUAUGGAUCUGAUCAGCCUAGCUGCUGCAUCUGUUUGCUUAAUUGGCACCUAUGGAACCGGCUUCAGAGUGGGCGAUAAGUGUAUAAUGACAGCAGCGCAUGUCCUCCAAUUCGCCCUUGAAAUACAAGACGGAGAGAUUUUGGACGUGGAUUUUGGUGAACGUUCAUCAUGUUUCAAACGUUGUGUUCAAAAAAAAUUAAAUUCAACUGAACUACACGUAUAUGCACAUUUCACCCAUGGGCGAGAUUGUUACUACAAACUCACGACUUUACGGUAUGUUGAUAUACAUUUGGAUACCGCUGUGGUAGAACUAGCACCUUCUACAGAUGGGAACCCGUUUCCACAAGCAUUCACACGCUUCCGGGGAGACUAUAAAGGCAGGUUCAGCUUAAUAGGCCAUGUAGGGGACCGGAAACUGUACAGAGAACACAACUGCUACACCAUCACUGAGAGGGAGGUCUUUCAGAGGAUGAAAAUAGAAUUGUGGAAAAGAGGAAUCAAGCCUGAUCAUCUGGAAAUCUAUGACAAAUUUGGAACAGACUCUUCCUUUCUGGAGUUCCACUGCUCCUUGACACAUGGAGCGUCAGGGUCACCAGGUUUUGUCGUGCACCACGGUGAAGUCUGUGUUGUCACCAUGUUACAAGCAGGAUACCCCGAAAACCCAUCUGAUAUACCUAUAGACCCCAGACUCUGUGUAGAACAGGGUGUUACCAUGACAGCUAUUUAUCAACAUAUCAAGAGCACAGAUAAAGAACUCCACCAGGAUAUUUUUGGUUGACACUGAUGUAAGGGGUUGGGCAUUCAGUGCUAUCACGUGCGACUCUAGAGACUGGAGAAAUCUAUGCUGCAACGUUAUUUGCAUCGUAAUGAUAGAACACUGAACAGUGAUCAGUACAUUUUAGACCAUAUGUGCGUGAGUGAGAGAGUAUGUUUUUACGCCGCUUUUAGCAAUAUUCAAGCAAUAUUACGGCGGCGGACACCAAAAAUGGGCUUUACACAUUGUACCCAUGUAGGGAAUUGAACCCGGGUCUUCAGCGUGACGAGCGAACGCUAUAACCUAUAGGCUACCCCAUCGCCCCUAGACCAUAUGUACUUGAUAUUUAAUAAAAUCAUUUUGACUUUU